AUGUCGGUGAAAGACGCUAUCAUGAGCCUCAUCGACGGCAGGAUUCGGCACGAGUGGCAAAGGUAUCAGGCCGAGCGCACCCCGAACGUCGGUGGUAUCCACUGGCAGAAGGCGGGCCUGAGGACCGGGGAGUCUCAAGACCAUCUCCGUAGAUUGUUGGGGAAAGCCGGAAGCAAGUUCGAAGGCGAUUUCGACGCUCUCAACCUCAGGAUAGAGGACCUGCAAGAAUCCAUCAAGCGCAUCCGGGAGUACCUCGUCCGGAGCGUGCGCGCCUUCCGCGUCAACAAGUUCGGAGAGGAGACGCAGGAGCUCCGCCUGAGGCUCCGCGGGGGAGGGGGGGAGCUGCGCCUCCCCCCCCCCUGCGGCUACAGCCUCGCGGAUUGCGUCUGCGGGGCGUCUUCGUCCCCUCCGCCGCCGGUACACGCCGGGAGCCUCGGGGAUGCUAUCGAGGCGGCAAGGAAAGCGGCGGCGGCCGCGACGGCGGCGGCGGCGCUUGAAGAUGACGAAGAAGGAGAACAAGAAGAAGAAGAAGAAGAAGAAGAAGAAGAAGGGUCGUCUCGCAAGAGAGGCUUCGACGUCGCCGCCGGCGCUGCCGCUGGCGGGGACCCCAAGAGACGGCGUGGCGAACGCGAGGGCGGCGGCGACGGGGGCCGAGGCGCCGGCCAACGGGGCGGGGGCGCUCCCGCAGCGAGCGCUAAUAGCGACGACGUGCCCGUGGACGAGAUCAAGAGUCAGACGGGGAAGAACGCGCUGGGGCUCGCGCGCCGCAGAGCCGCUCUCGAAGAGGAAACAAAGACUGGUGCAAGGGGCGUGGGCGGGAAGAGGUCGAGUGAUGGCGGCGGCGUGGUGUCGAGGGGGCGGGCGGCGUCUAGAGAGCCGGCGGAAGACCCCGAACACGCGCACGACGACGACGACGAUGACGGCGGUGGUGGUCGGCGUGGGGUCGACGGGUGCGGUGGCGGUGGCGGGGCUCACGGAGAUGACGAUGCGUGGGCGAACGGUGGGGACGGGGAAGAAGGAGGGGAGGACGAAGAAGAAGAUGAAGAAGACUGGCAAGACGCCCUCCUGGGCAUGCAACCGCACGAGCGGGCGGAGGCCUUCGAAGGACGAGAGAUGUUCGCGGAGGCCCUCAGGUGGCACAGGCAGGACCUAGAGGCCGCGCGCGCUUGCGUCGUGUCGGGGGAUGAGGAGGAGGAGCGGGGGUCGGUGCUCGACCUCGCUCGGGCGCUGCGGAACACCGGCCGCUGCCUGGGGAAACUCGGCAACAGCGGGUACGCCGAGUCCAAGAAGUGCCUGACGGAAGCUCGUGAGCUCGUGGGCCAUGGUGGGCCGUACCCCUCCCCUCCCGAGGAGCAGGAUCUUGUGCUCGAGCUAGGGAACCUCAUGUACAGCCGAUACGUCCUAUGUGACGAGCAAGGAGUGCGCUUCCUGGCGGACGAGGCCCUCGAGGCCGCCCUCGAGUACUACCGGGAGUCUCGAGAGCUGUGCGUCGACGUCGUCGCCGACAGCGUUGACGCGGGUUUCGCUAAAACAUCGAACGGCGGGGUGUCCGAGUCCGCGGCGGCGGCGGCGGCGGCGGCGGCCGCCGCCACCGCAAGCGGCUGCCUGCUGAGAGCGGAGUACAACGUGGGCAUGUCGUUGUUCGAGCAGGAGAAACGCAGGGACGCUGAGGGGCACCUCUCGGCCGCCGUCAAGAUAUUCCGACGCUUGUUCGCAGCCGGAGGAGGAGCUCAAGCUGGAUCCACCUUCCACCCAGCCGCCGGCGGCGGCGAAGGGGAAGGAGCGGCCGCAAGUGUCGGGGCGGCGGCGGCGGCGGCGGCGGCUUCGACCCUAGACGCUUGGAAGGCGGCCGCGCGGAAGCAGGAAGGGCUGUCAGGCCUGGGAGGCGUGUACGCGUCUUCGCUGUAUCUCCUGGGGGAGUGCCUAGCGUCGUCGUGUGUGCCGUCGUCUGCUCUUGAAGACGAUUCCCGGCAGGGGCGGGAAAAAAUUGCGGCGGAAACCCUGCGAGCCUCAGCGGAGGCUUUUCUCUACACCGGGGACCACUCGAGAGCCUUGCCCCCCCUGCUGAUGCUGGUCGAAGUCCUGCGGCGGCGGCUGGCCGGCGGUGCCGGUCGUCAUCAUGGGGAGGAGGACGAGCGCAAAGGCGGCGAGCCCGACGGGAGGGGCCGCGCGCACGCCCCGGAGGGGCGCACCAACUCCCCGCAACAGCAGCAGCAAGGACACGCCGCCGGCGAGGUUGCGGGCGCGUCGCCGUCGAGCCCGGCGCCGUUCAGACGGGUGGGUCCGGUGCCGACCUCCGCGUUCGCGCAGCGUCGCCGGCGUGCGAGGGUCGCCAGAGGCGGCGGCGGCGGCGGUCGGAAAGUUCUCGGAAAGUUCCCGGGGGACAGGAGCGCCACGUCCUCGGCCGUCACCACCGUCUCCUCGAGCAGGCAAACGUCCGGUACGGCAGUAGGCGCCGCCGGUGCCCAAGCGCCCCGAGGUGUGGGCGAAGGCGUGGUCGCCACGGGAGGGGGCGGGUUCGGUGGAUCGGCGGGGGGAGAAGGAUGGGUGGCUGGAGACGGGGGCGGAUCGUUCGCGGGGCUGAGGGCUGCGGCGGCGGCCCAAGACGAAUCGACGGCGGUAUCGGCCGCUGCCGAGGGGAGAGCUCGCGGGGACGAGGUCGGAGGAAGAGACACGGCGCUCAGCAAGUACCUGGAAAAGUGCCACCACCUCCAGGAGAAGCCCAAUCCCCUAGCGUGCGCACGCCUCGCCCAGGCCGAGCAUCGCGGCCUUGACACGGCCCCCGCCGCCGCCGCCGCCGCCGCGGCCGCCGCCGUGGACCCCGCCUGCGACGGCGACAACACCCACCGCCACCGCUCUCCACCCGCACCACACCAAGCCUUGGACCUUGGGGCUUGCCGCCUCACCGACCGGGAGCUUCGGGUGCUUCUCCACGUGCUCUCGAGAGGGCGUGGCGGUGUUGGACCGGAUGCGGCGGUGGCAGCGGCGAGCUCGGGGGGAGGGGGGGACGCGCCGAUGCCAUCCCCGCGUCUCGGCGCGCUGGUGCUGAACGGAAACCCGGGGAUCGGGGCCGGCGCGCUGAGGGAGCUCUGCGGCGGCGGCGGCGGCGGUAGCGGCAGAGGGAUGAACGCUUCUCGCAACGGCAGCGGCGGCAGUCUGUUCUCUUCCUUGCUGCGGUUGGAGCUGUCCGCGUGCCGCCUGACCGCCGCCGACCUGGAAGGCUUUUCGUCGAACGGCGCCGGACCCCCGUCCUUCGACCAGACUGCUGCCGCGACCGUGUGCUUGCGAGCGCUGGUAUUGCGGGACAACCCCCUGACCCGAUUGAGAGAACGGGGGCCCGUGGAUGGGGGCAACGAGGACGAGGACGCCUGGAUCGAGCCGGCACGGAAGGGCACGGUUGCGUUGCAACACUUGAUCGCUCGGGCGCCGUCGCUUGAGGUGUUGGACGUGUCCGGUUGCAGCCAGAUCCCAGAUGGCCCCGUGAGACGGUUGUACAGCCCCCAAGUCUCGGACCUCCUCGCCUCCGCUCUAAGCGCCGGCCUGGAAGCCAGAGUAGUUGCGGGCAAACUCGCUGCCGCCACCGGCGCCGGCCGCGUUGCCGACGGGAGUGGCGGUGACGGUGGAAACGACGAACGAAGCGAGAGCGACGGUCGAGCGCAGGUAUCCACGCUUCGCAUGGGGAACAACCGCUUCUCCCGGGAGUCGUGGGGGGAUGUGCUGGAGGUCCUCUCGUCGAACCCCCCGCGGGAGUUGGACCUGUCGUUCGCGUCGGUGCUGCCUGGCCGCUCCGCCGCCACCGCCGAUGGUGUUGUGACCACCGCUACCGCGGCGGCCGUUGCCUUGCCGCCGGUGCGUGGCGGCAACGACGACUCGCCGGGUGCCGUCACGCCACCGCCGCGGCCGGCGCCGCCCGCGCAAACGCUGGGCGAGCUGCUCGCGGCGACGGUUCUCCCGGCCGACGCCCCCGGUGUGGAAACCCUCAACCUGACGGGGUCCACGGGCCUGCUUCUGCUCGAUGAUCGUCGGCGGCAGCAGCGGCGGGAGGUUGACGGAGGUGGGGGGGUCGAAGAUUCCUCUGCACCCCUUGCUUGUCCGUCUUCUUCGGGGAUGGAGGCGUUUUUGCUGCUUCUCCGGGAUACCCUCAUGUCCCCGCUGUGCGAGACGACGCACCUCUUGCUCUCGGGAGUCAGAGGGCCGCCACCGCCGCCGCCCGCCCGCAACAACGUCGACUGCAACUCCGCCGCUCCCGGCGGUGCGCCGCCGUCGCCGCCACCCGCCGCCGUCUUCGGCCCUCGAGAUGCCAAGAGCCUGUGCGAGGCGGCCUCGGCUUGCGCGUCGUUGCGGUGCCUGGACCUCGCCGGGUGUGACCUCUCCGGCCCCGUCGGCGCCGCCGCCGCCGCGGCCGCGGUGUCGUGCCUGAUAAGCAACCACGACGAAGACGAGGUUGGUUUAGGCAUGGCCGGCGGCCGCCUAAGGCGGCUCAGCCUGCGGGCGUGCGCGCUGGGGGCGGCCGGAUUGGCGGUGGUCGUGCGGGCUCUCGUCGCGGAGCCAGGAGGCGGUUCGGGGCCGGGGACACGGCGGAAGGGUCGUUCCCUGCCGAAGCUGCUAGACCUGUCAGACAACCGGCCUCUGGCUGGUGCGGCGGUCGGCACGGCACGCCCGGAGCAAGACGGGGGGCUGGGGGAGGCGGACUUGACGGAGCUGGCGGGGUUGGUUCGUGUGCUGGAACGGGAGUUCAUGGUUUCUGUGGCCGUGACCCGUGACCAAAGGCGCGCGUUCGGAAGGUAUGCCUCCCCAAUGGGCUCGAGCUGUAUAACCCCGCCGUCGUGA